GGCGACCCACGAGGCCAAGCGCAGCGCACACCCGUGCAUCCUGGGUGCAUCUGGGUCUCGGAUCCCAGCUCUCUAUCGCUUUGCUCGCCAUGAUUCCUUCCGGUGCCCAAGCCCGCAGCUGGGUGGCCUCGGUCAGGGCGACCCGGAGGCGCCCCCGUGUGGACAGUCCGGGACAGUCCCCGAGUCCUGAGCGCGCCUGCAGGCGUGCGGCGCUUUACGUGCACUGGCCUUAUUGCGAGAAGCGGUGCAGCUACUGCAACUUCAACAAGUACAUCCCCCGUGGCGUGGAUGAGGGGGCCAUGCGGAACUGUCUGGUGACCGAGGCACAGUCGCUGCUUCGGCUCAGCGGGGUGCAAAGGGUGGAAUCUGUGUUCUUUGGUGGGGGGACUCCCAGUCUGGCCAGUCCCCACACUAUAGCUGCUGUCCUGGAAGCCGUGGCCCAGGCAGUUUACCUGCCAGCAGACUCAGAAGUUACUUUGGAGGCUAAUCCCACUUCAGCCCCAGGCCCUAGGCUGGCAGCUUUUGGAGCAGCUGGAGUCAACAGGUUGUCCAUUGGCCUACAGUCCCUGGAUGACACUGAGCUGCAGCUGCUGGGACGGACUCACUCAGUCAGUGAUGCUUUGCAGACUCUGGCAGAGGCGAGGCGCCUUUUCCCUGGUUGCGUAUCUGUGGACCUGAUGCUGGGGCUGCCUGGACAAAAGAUGGACCAGUGGCUGGGGCAGCUGCAGGAACUGCUGUACCACUGUGAUGAUCAUCUCUCCCUCUACCAGCUGACCCUGGAGCGGGGUACUACACUGUUCACUCAGGUGCAACAGGGUACCCUUCCAGCCCCUGACCCAGAGCUGGCUGCCGAGAUGUACCAGGAGGGCAGGGCAGUCCUUCGAGAGGCUGGCUUUCGGCAGUAUGAAGUCUCCAACUUUGCGAGGAAUGGGGCGCUCAGUACCCACAAUUGGACUUACUGGCAGUGUGGUCAGUACCUUGGCAUUGGGCCUGGGGCCCAUGGGCGAUUUACACCCCAGGGGGAUGGAGGCCACACCCGGGAGGCCCGGAUCCAGACACUGGAGCCAGACAACUGGAUGAAGGAGGUGAUACUGUUUGGUCAUGGUACUCGGAAGCGUGUGCCCCUGGGCCAGCUGGAGCUGUUGGAGGAGGUUCUGGCUAUGGGGCUGCGUACUGACGUGGGGAUCACCCACCAGCAUUGGCAGCAGUUUGAGCCCCAGCUGACCCUGUGGGAUGUGUUUGGAGCAAGCAAGGAGGUGAAGGAGCUGCUGGCACAGGGUCUGUUGCUGCUGGACCACAGGUCUGUUGGGGGUGGUGUGCAGAUGGGGCUGAGGGGUCCCUGGGAAUCCUGACUACAGAUCUAGAGACCCCAAAACAAGAAUGGGGUCUCCGGUGUUCCUGGGAGGGUCUAGCUGUGCUGGAUUCUCUGUUACUGACCCUUUUGCCUCAACUUCAAGAGGCCUGGCAGCACAGAACCCUCUUGCCUGUGUCAGGAAGAUGACCAUAUGUUCUUGGAUCACAGAGCAAUGCCAGGUAGACUUGGAGGGCUGGACCAGGAUGGCAAGCAUCCCUCCUCUGCCUGCAGGUGCCAUCUCUACUUUGAGUUGUUGUUGCUUGGCCCUGGCAUCCCUGGGGGAAUGGCUACAGUGAAUGGUUGGAAGGACAUACCUGGUCUGGGAACUGGCAUCCCACCCAGCAUCUUAGGAUUUACAGACCAUCAUGUGUGUGUUACUUGGCUGUGACUUGCUCAUCACACACACACCAGCUUUUGUUGGCCUUUUGGGAUACCAAAUAACAAGCAGUAUUUGGAAAUCUUUCUACAGGGAUUUGCCUCCAUCUGAGAAGCCUUCUCCACUUCCAGAGUGAGGCCUGAGAUACUUGUAUGAGUCAGUGGAACCAAGUCCCCUCUGAUUAUCUUAAACAGGAAGGAAUUUAAUAUAAGAAUGAGGUAUUUACAAAACCAUUGAGUUUUUCAGCCAAGGCCAAUUUAUUUUAUGAAAUGUAUCCCACAUUCUGGAUGUAUCCAGUGUUUCCCAAGGACUGAAUUCAGGUUCAACUUUAUUUUUCAAUUUUAGAAAAGAUUUAUUUUAGGGGCUGGAGAGAUGGCUUAGCGGUUAAGAACCCUGGCUGUUCUUGCAGAAGACCUGGGUUUGAA